AUGGCGUCAUUCGGCGAUACCCUGUCGAGGGACCUCGCCAAUGUCAUCAUGUCGAGGCCCGGUACGAAGCCGGCGCCCGUGAUGCGCGGGGCGAAGCCCACGGGAGGGUCGAACGCAACGGAGACAGAACCGACCCCGCCGUCGAGAGCGACGACGAACGGCGCGGUGGAGAUGUCGCCGGAGGUGAAGCAGUUCAUGGACAGACACCCGCGCUGGGUGGACACCAACGGUGAGCUCGUGUCCAUGCCACGCUUCGCGGCGAAGGGCGCGAACGCGGACAUUCCGGGCCGCGAGAACGUCGCGCCGCCCUCCUUCGAAGAGCGCAACAGGGAGUACCACGCCAAGAGCGAACGAUUGUGGAGCAAGCUCCAGCCGGGGUACAUGGAGCGCCCCGAGAUGUACACGUCGAGCUACUCGGAGAUGCACCAGUGGAGCGACGACCUGCUGAACAUCGCCAAAAACUGUUCCAAGUCCACGUGGAGGACGCACAAGAAGAAGACGGACACCACCGCGUACGUCGAGGCGGCGGCGAAGGAGAGAAACGCGACGCGAGCGCUUCGAGAGGCGGCGGAGAGGCACGAGGCUGAGGCGGCGGCGUUGAAGGCGGCGCCGGCGGGUGAGGGAACGGGCGGGGAUGCCGGCGCCGGCGGAGGCGGCGCCGCACCCGCCGAGAAUGCCGCGCCCGCUCCUCCCACAGAGGCUGCCCCCCAGGCGUAG